CAGCGUUCUACUUACACGAACACCGUGGCACAUGUGCAUUUCUCCUGCAUUGAGAAAUUACAGUCUUCUUGAUAGAUUUAAACAUAUAUGCAACAUUAAGGUAUACAGAUUCUAAACCUAACAAUCUUGAAAAGCACGACAUCAGAAUACAGAUAAUGGUGGAUAGUGAAGAGUCUGGUGGUGCGUCUCCGGGACACCUUGUUGACAUCAAAGAAGACAAUGAAUACUUCCUAAAGAUGUGGAACCUGAUUCCCCCACUUGUUUAUGCAGAACUGGAACCAGACCUAGAUGAUAAUGAGAAAGCAUUGACAGAAGCUAAGCUCAAGAAAAAGAUGAAAAAGCAGGAAAAGAGGGAGGAACGAAAAAAGAGAAAAGAAAAAGAGACGAAAAAGGAAGAUGUACAAAAGUUGACCAAGAAGCAUAAACAUGUGGAAGAUGAGGAAGAUUCAGACUUUACAAAUAUAAAACCUAAAAAGCAGAAAGUAAAUCACAAAGUGGAACCUGUAUCUGUAAAUAACGUAGAUCACUCGUCCGACUCAGAGAUGUCAUCGGAUGCCGAUCAACUCUCCCCGAAGCCUAAUAACGUGUCUAAACCAGUGCAAAACAUUCCUGUAAAACAUGUAAAGAAGAAAGAGAAACCUCAUGCUAAAAAAGCUGCUGUGAAAAAAGAUAGUGACAAAAGUUCGGUUGAAAAAAGUACUGUAAACAAUACAGAUGCUGGACAAUCUGUUUCUAAAGGUGCUAUAACAACAGUGUCUGAAGGUGACAUGCUACAAGCUGCUAGUAUAAACAGCAUCGAAGAUAAACGGGAAAAACUUCGGGCAAAAAUUGAAGAAUUACAAGCCAAAAGGAAACCUAGUAACAAAGAAAGAUUAGAGAAAAAGAAACUGAAAAGACAGGAAAGUAAAAUGAAGUUGAAACAGAAACGGAAAUUAGAAAAAAUGCAAAACAAGCAAAACAGUCAAGGUGGUGCAGGCUCAAAGCCUGUAAAAGGAAAUUUAAAUAAAGGACCUACUACACCAGCAAAGCCGGUGUACAAUAAAGAAGGCCAGAUGGUGUUUAGUAAGUUUGAUUUUACCGAUUCCGCCAAAAAGGAAAAACGUCAGUCCGACCUACGCGGGAAGGACUACAAACGGUUAUUAGAAAAGAUCGAAAAGCGGAACGAGAAAAUUAACAAGGUGAAAAGUAGGGACGAGGAUGCAGGGAAAGCUUUGGAGGAUAAAUUUAAGUGGGAAUCUGUUUUACAUAAAGCAGAAGGGGAGAAGGUGAAAGAUAAUCCAGAGUUGUUGAAAAAGGCGCUGAAGCAGAAACAGAAAAUGAAAGAACAGAAGAAAAAGAAAUGGGAGAAUAGAGUUGAGAAUGUAGACAAACAGAAACAAGAGAAACAAAAGAAACGGACAGAGAAUAUUCAGAAACGUAAACAGAAUAUGAAAGAUAAGAAAUUGAAACAGUUGAAAAAGAAAGGAAGAAUUCUACCAGGGUUUUAGGUACAAAAAAAAUCAUAGAAAAAUUAUCAUAUGUUGUACACAAAAAAGAAGAAAAAAGAAGGUUUUAAAUUUAAUUCUUGUACAGUGACAUUACAUAGUGUUACUAAGUUUAUUUUGGUAUUUAAGAAGCAAACUGGAUCCACUCGGCCAUAGGCUCAGAAAUCCUUUUAAUUUGAAAAUACUUGGAAUUUGCCUCGAUACUUGGAAUUUGCCUUAAUACGAUAAAAAGUAAGGAACUAAUUUGUAUUGAUAAGAAAGGUAACUUUAAUAACCAAAAUGGUGCAUGGUGUCUUAAUAUAUACUGAAUACAACAGGUUGAGAGAAGAAGGAAAAUAAAAUAGGUCCGUUUCAGGUCUCUCCUACCCUUCUUUUAACUGCCAACCAACCAUACACAUUGUUUUAUUACCAGCCUGCAUUUUCAAAAUUAUUUUCAUACUAUACAUGUAUAUGAAAUUGUAUUAAAAAAAAGUUUCAUGGGGUACCCUAAAUUCAUCUGUCCUAGAGUCAUUGGAAUUUCUUAUGCCAUAAAGUCUCAUCAUAUUCUCCUUAAGAAAGAAAACAAUUGCAUAAAUUUUAAAACAUCGAAGUAAAUUUAUUGUAUAUGCCAAAUCACAGGGAAAUCUGUCAUUAUUUUAUUAAAUCUAUAUAUAUAAUAUAAACAAGGGAUACAUGUUGUGGCCUCGCACUAGUAGCCACUACCAACACAGGUUCGUAAAAUGCAUUCACACGUGUAAACUGUAUAAAAUAUCCUUUAUUCCAUCAAAGUUAUUGUAGAAGUUAAUAUAUGAACGAGUCAUUACCCAAGUUUUAGUACAAACUCUUCAUUAAAACCUGUAACUUUGCAGGAAAUAGCUAACAUUUCAAUAUUUACAUUGGCUGUCAAGUUGUCGUCCAUUUUGCAGGUGUGUUUAUGUUCUGAGUAUUUCCAUUGGCUGAUGGAAAAAAAAUGCUAUUUGUCGCGGCUAUACGCCGUUAUUAUCCGGA